UUCCGGGUGGCGGGGUCACCUUGGUUGUCUACUGGGCAAGAUGGCGGCUCUGGUGAAGUUGGGCUCCCUGUGUAGGGGAGGCAGAGCUUUUGCUUUUGGUAAUUCUUUCCUGAUCAGGCCAGCGGCGGUUUUACCACAAGAUCGUCCUUCAUUUCACGGUUCACUAAUACAUGUUUCAUCCAAUAGACAAGCAGCAGAAUCCAAAGGAGCCUCCCUCCACUGGACAGGAGAGAGACUACUGAGUGUGGCUCUCCUGGGUCUCAUCCCUGCAGCUUACAUGUAUCCCGGAGCUGCUAUGGACUACUCACUGGCUGCCUCCAUCACUCUGCAUGGUCAUUGGGGUCUUGGACAAGUAGUGACUGACUACGUUCAUGGAGAUACAAAGUUCAAGCUGGCCAAUACUGGACUUCUGGCUCUCUCAUCCUUGACAUUUGCUGGCCUUUGUUAUUUCAAUUAUCAUGAUGUAGGCAUCUGUAAAGCAGUGUCUAUGCUCUGGAGUCUGUGAUUGGAAGGCAAAUGAAUGUAUUGCAACA